AUGACGGCAGCGGGGGAGGUUGGUGGUUGCCCGCUGAAGACGCAGGACCAGACCACCUGCAUGGGAGACUGUGCGCCCCAGCUGCCCAUGCGGGUGACACACGCCCUGACCACCUGCAGUCUGGACACUCUCCUUCUGACUGUCAUGGCCUAUGACCGGUAUGUGGCCAUUUGUCACCCGCUGCGCUAUACAAUCAUCAUGAACCCCCAAGUAUGUGGCUUGUUGAUGUUAAUUACUUGGUUCAUUGGUGUCAUAAUUGGUGUCCUACAUAUUUCUUUAAUUCCACGCCUAACCUUCUGCAAAGAUCUUGAAAUUCCACAUUUCUUUUGUGAACUAACAAAGAUUCUUGAAUUGGCCUGUUCCGAUACUUUCCUGAACAACACAAUGAUAUAUAUCAUGACUAGUGUGCUAGGAGUUUUCCCCCUCGUUGGUAUCCUUUUCUCUUACUCACGAAUUGUUUCAUCCAUCCGUAAGAUGUCCUCAUCUGGUGGAAGGCAGAAGGCAUUUUCCACCUGUGGGUCUCACCUCUCCGUAGUUUCUUUAUUUUAUGGCACAAGCGUUGGUGUUUACUUCACAUCUGCUGCGACUCACUCUUCCCAGAAGGCCUCAACUGCCUCAGUGAUGUACACCGUGAUCACCCCCAUGCUGAACCCUUUCAUCUACACCCUGAGGAACAAGGAUGUCAAAGGGGCCUUGGGAAAGCUCCUAAGCAAAGUGGCCUCUUGUCUGUGA